AUGGGCGCGAAUAGUGAGUCAUCGUCACGAGAUUCUGAAGAACGCAGUUACGCACACGAUGAUCACUAUGAGGAGCCUCAUCUUCGAAGCCGGCAAACUCGUAAAUCUCCUUCCAGAGCGCGUACUACUUCAGAUUCUGAAAGUAAAAUAAACGGGAAUGCCGGAAGUUCCAGUAAAGCAAAGCCUCGGUCACCAUCACGAACUCCCAAAUUAGGUGUCGAUUACACGAAAGAACAAGCUGACCUCGUUGAGCGUAUACGGCAUUGUAAAGACUACUACGAAAUCUUA